AUGAGCAAUGCUGAGGUGAAGCGCAGAUUUUUAGGCACGUCCUCCACAUUGGCACCGAAUGCGGCUUCCGCGGACCAUUCAAGUGACGUUUUGUCCGUCCUCGAGCGUAAUCAAAGUGAAGGUCAUACCGCUGCCCUAAUACUCGCGUUCAGCCUGGGUCUAGUAUGCUGUUUCAUUGCACUACUAAUCAUUGAAUGGCGCAGACGUAGUCGUUUGCAUGGAUGGGCGGCGUCGCGUCGCCGCCAGAACAAUGUGUCUGUGCUUUUUAGCGAUCGGCGCAAACUGUCCGUACCGGGUAACGUGUCUGGAACACGCCGGUCGCAAAAACGCACCAAGUCGUUCCGGGAUCCAGGGGGUUACGUAGCUGUAGAGACGGACCCGGAUGAUGAGGAUAAACUGGUUCAAGAUGGCUUGGUGUUGUGA